AUGCAGCAUGCAGCAGUGAAUCUCAAUCCAUUUUCCAUCCCUCCUGUGAAACUCACUCCGCCCUCCAACGCUGCGGCGAUUAUUGAGUCGGUUAAAAAAACAUUGAAACCCACACCAUCCUCCACCCCUACAGCAAAGUCCUCCCGCUCAUCCGGGUACUUUGGAGUGGUUCGGGUGGGUUCCAAGUGGUCCGUGAACCUCUUCCUUAGCCAGGCUCAGCAGACCAAGUAUGGUAUCAGAGCAUCAGCUCUCAACUGCGGGUCCUGGGAGGAAGGGGAGCUUCUAGAAGCCGCCGCAGCAGCAGAGGCGGCUUAUCUGGUGCUGAAAGGGGAGAGGGGGAUCGAGUUUAAGGAGACCGUUUCAGUCACUUGUGAGAAUUCUCAAAAGGAGAUGCCAAGGGAGUUGUCUAGAGGUGUUUACCACGACAAGACCCCGGUCGUUACGAAGAAAAAGCAGGCGAAUCCGUCUGGUUACAUCGGCGUUACGAAGAACUACAGUGCGUGGGCCGUGCGCGUCCCAUUAAACACAGAAAGGAGCGCCUUAUAUGGGGCAGGGAAGAAAUUUUACUGCGGGCAGUGGGAUGAAUUAGAAGCAGCGGGAGCAGCAGCGGAAGCCGCUUAUUUCGUGCUUAUAGGGGAGAAAGAGAUUCAAGAGCGGGGGAUUAAGCUGCGGCUUUUAACUGAGAGGCAGAAGGAGACGCUUAGGCAGAUGGAUCCGUUCGAAGCAGUGAAGAUGAUAAAAGAGAAGAAGUGGAAGGAGUGGAUGAAGUGGGUUCCUGAGGGAGUGACGGGUGCUGCUGCAGGUUGCUCGGAUAGAGGAGAUAUGCAACCUGCCGAUGGCUUGGAUAAUACGAGUAGUAGGAUUGUGGGCGGUGAGACGAUUUUUGUGGCGCAAAAGAAAUCGUUUCAACCAGCCGAUGGCUUGCUUAAUACGAGUAGUAGGAUUGUGGGUGGCAGUGCAGUGAUGUUUGAGUUGGCUGAAAAGGCACCUCGGCUUGUGGGUGGUGGCAGCGAUGUAGUGCUGCAGAGGCAAAGGUGUGGGCAGUUGACCUCCCCGUUGCAGCAGCUGCCGUGUUUUGAGUCGACUCAAAACACCGAAAAGGCACCUCGGCUUGUGGGUGGUGGCAGCGAUGCGGCGCUGCAGAGGCAAAGCUUCCGUGAGGCGGCAGCAGCAGCGGAGGCGGCGUGUCUGGCGAUCAAAGGAGAGAAGAAGAUAGCGUUUCAGGUGUUGGGUGAAAGGGAGAGGGAGGGGUUGAGAGGCUUGGGGAGGAGUGGUGCGGUGUGGAUGAUACGGGAGGGGGAGUGGGGGAGGUGGAGGGAGUGGAGGCUGGUGUUAGAGGAAUUGAUGGGGGGAAAUGGGAGAAAGAGGGAGAGGGAACAGGAGGAGAGGGGGACGGAGAUUGGGAGAGGGAAGAGGAGGCAUGCUGUAAGUGGAAAUGAUGGGGGGAAAUGGGAGAAAGAGGGAGAGGGAACAGGAGGAGAGGGGGACGGAGAUUGGGAGAGGGAAGAGGAGGCAUGCUGUAAGUGGUGUUGGAAACAAUAA